UAUAGCAAAUUCAUAAAAAUAAAAUAAAAGGAAAUAAAUUAUUGCUGCAUCCUCCCGAUCCAUUUAUGUGAAAGAAAUAUUUUUUACCUGGUCAGUUGCAGUUGCAAUUGGGUUAGCAGUUAACACAGAUUUAAGUCAAGAAGCAAAAACUCAAGUGACCAAAAUCGCCCGUUCGCAGUUUUCGUGAUCUCUCCUAUUUCCUCUCAAUCUUAUUAUUCCGAUUGAAUGGCAUCCAAUAGGGGUCAAGGAGGAAUUCAGCAGUUGUUGGCUGCUGAACAGGAAGCACAACGGAUUGUGAAUGCUGCGAAAAAUGAAAAAUUGGCUAGGUUGAAACAGGCCAAAGAAGAAGCUGAAAAGGAGAUCGCUCAAUACCGGGCAAAGCUUGAGUCUGAGUUUCAAAAGAAAUUGUCGGAUACUAGUGGAGAUUCUGGAGCUAAUGUCAAGCGACUUGAGCAAGAAACUGAAGAAAAAAUUGAUCACCUGAAAACAGAGGCUUCAAGAAUAUCAGAUGAUGUUGUCGCCAUGCUCCUCAAGUAUGUAACAACUGUGAAACAUUAGGAACCUUUGAUGAUCUGUUGGUGCUGCUGAGCGGACCCCUAAAUUAUGUCAAUUAUUUUUUCAAGUUUAUUUUUGGAUCUACAUAUUAAGGUGCCGACAAUAUUAUUUAGGACUUUGCUGUGAUGUAUUCAAAUAAAUAAUUUCUGAGUUUGUUCAAAUAAACAGUUCAAAAUUCAAAAGACAUGUUUAUUUGUGUUGUUUCAACGAAUGAGUGAGGAUUAUUUUUUUCCUGUGUGUUA